AUUCUUGUGACUUGUGAGUAUAUUAUGCAUACCCAAAUAACUUCUUUCUCUAUCCACUCCUGUGGUAUUAGCCAUUAGGCACAUGAAAAGUCAAAGCCAAAGCCUAGGAACUAGGAAGAGAUCCAUUGUCAGCGGGGGAACACAUCACUCACCACCUCCAAAUUCAAAAGCACCUCUGCCACAUCUUACCAUUUCAUUUCAUUCAGGAUCUGAAGAGAAAACAUCUGAAGAAGAGACAAUGGUUACAGGAAAAGGUGCCAAAGGCCUGCUUACUGGGAAAUCCUCCACCCGUGCUCCCAUUUCUGCUAAUAAUGGAAGCAAAUCUAUCAGUAAAGGAAAGUCCGAUAAGAAGAAGCCCAUCUCUCGUUCAUAUCGUGCGGGCCUCCAGUUUCCUGUGGGGCGUAUCCACCGUGUGUUAAAAUCUAGAGUGUCUGCAAAUGGGAGGGUAGGGGCAACGGCAGCAGUAUAUUCAGCAGCCAUAUUGGAGUACCUGACAGCAGAAGUUCUGGAAUUGGCAGGAAACGCGAGCAAAGAUCUCAAGGUGAAACGUAUCACUCCAAGGCAUCUGCAACUUGCUAUUCGAGGAGAUGAAGAACUUGACACUUUGAUCAAGGGUACCAUAGCAGGUGGAGGUGUCAUCCCUCAUAUUCACAAGUCACUUAUUAACAAAUCUACCAAGAAAGAUUAGCCUUUUUGUACUUGAGUAGUGUUUAAUAUUUUCAUUAUGAAACUUUAAGAGUCAUGGGAUUGAUGUACUGGUUAUUUCAAGACUGGUGUAUUCCAGCUCCCUUGUUUUGUAAUAUGGCUUAGUAUGAUUAGUUAUUGUCACUUGAUUUUAGUAUUUGUCUAACAUUGAAAGACAAUCUCAUUUCCUGAAAUCACAGAGCCUGUACAGAUGGUUUUGAUAAGUCAAUCCAAAUUUUUCUUAAAUUCAAAUUCUCCUUA